AUGGUUUCCCCAGUUGCACCGCCACCUACCAUCCGCAAAGCUCUCAUCGGCUCCCCCUCAAACUUCUGGCUCCAUCACAGCACCCAUGGCUUCAAUCUCACGCACCCCUCUACCCCCAACACCCCCAUCUCAACCCCAACCCUCACCAUCCAAACCACCACCACUCCAAUCACAUUAGACCCCUCCAAAUCCGCCCUCGUAAUCAUCGACAUGCAGAACUUCUUCCUCUCCCCGGCUCUUGGCCGCACCCUCGGCGGACCCGGCCACAUCGCGUCCGACAAUCUGAUUAAGCACGCGAUACCCGCCGCAAGGAAGGCCGGCAUCCGCAUUAUCUGGCUAAACUGGGGACUUGACGAGGAAGAUCUGCGGACUAUGCCGCCGGCUGUGCGGCGCUGCUUCGGCUUCUAUGCGAUCCCUGAAGGGGAUGAAUUUGAGCGAGACUUUAGUCGCAGCAAGGGCAGUGUGGGUGUUGAUCGAUUCGGCGUGCCGCGGGCGGAGCACGGGCGGGAGGCCAUGUACCACGGACUCGGCGCACCGUGCGGCACUGUAAAGCUUGAUUCUGGGGAGCAGAUCGAUGCAGGCGACCUUCUUGUGCGGGACUCAUGGAACGCGGAUAUCUACCCGCCGCUGAAAGAACUGUACGACCCGUCCUCCGACGCGUGGAUUCACAAGAACCGCAUGUCCGGCCUGUGGGGCUCUUCCACACCGCUUCAAACCUAUCUCCAGGAAGAGGGGAUUAAGACGUUGUUGUUCACAGGUGUGAACACGGAUCAGUGCGUUGGGGGUACACUCACGGACGCGUUUAGCAAUGGCUAUGACUGUGUGAUGCUGAGUGAUGGGUGUGGGACUAGCAGCGGGGAGGAGGCGCAGAAGGCGUGGGAAUUCAACGCCGAGAGAACGUUUGGAUUUUGUAUGAGGUGUGAAGACCUUGCAAAUGGGGUGGGAAGGAUGUAG